CCCGCAUAGUAACGCCUGUUUGCCAAUGCAUUCUCAUUUGGACACAGACUCCAAUUCAGGAGCAGUCUUGUAGCUGGAUCACCUAGGAAGAGAAGUUCAAAAUCCUUACGAAGAAAGCGUUUCAACUUGGGAUACUUAUUUGCAGCUGGAAAUGGGGAAUGGACUGUCAGACCAGACUUCUAUCCUGUCCAGCUUGCCUUCAUUUCAGUCCUUCCACAUUGUUAUUCUAGGUUUGGACUGUGCUGGAAAGACUACCGUAUUAUACAGGCUGCAAUUCAAUGAAUUUGUAAAUACUGUACCUACCAAAGGAUUUAACACUGAGAAAAUAAAGGUAACUUUGGGAAAUUCUAAAACAGUCACUUUUCACUUCUGGGAUGUUGGUGGUCAGGAGAAAUUAAGGCCCCUAUGGAAAUCAUAUACCAGAUGCACGGAUGGCAUUGUAUUUGUUGUGGACUCUGUUGAUGUUGAAAGGAUGGAAGAAGCCAAAACUGAACUUCAUAAAAUAACUAGGAUAUCAGAAAAUCAAGGAGUUCCAGUACUUAUAGUUGCUAACAAACAAGACCUAAGGAAUUCAUUGUCUCUCUCAGAAAUCGAGAAAUUGUUAGCUGUGGGUGAACUGAGCUCAUCAACUCCUUGGCAUUUGCAGCCUACCUGUGCAAUCAUAGGAGAUGGACUAAAGGAAGGACUUGAGAAACUACAUGAUAUGAUAAUUAAAAGAAGAAAAAUGUUGCGACAACAGAAAAAGAAAAGAUGAAUACCAAUACUCCUGUAACUGUGUGGAGUAGGUUUUCUCUGGCCAGAUUUUGACAAAUGGAAGAGAGUCUACAGCCUGGAUUGCCUGCCUGCCCUCCUGGGUGCCGUUAAAGCUUUGUUUUGUUGAACAAUCAGAUGCCUAACUCUGUUGCCUUGUGGAAGAUGAGUAAAAGCAGUGCUUCUUAAAGUGGUCUCUUUACUCCCUACCCCCAAGUCUUUUGGUACUACCAUUUUUGGAAGCCAAGCAAGGAUAGUAAAUUGACCAGGAAACAGUUGUGGAAAUUUGACCUGAAGUUAGUGAAAUAAAACUUUGAAGAGUG